GUCAAUGCUGAUGGGUCCUUCAAAAUGACAACCUUGAUCCAUAUUUGGUGACGCGGCGAAUCGAAUUGUCAACACGAUGCCGUUGUCAUUAAGAGAAUUGCUACUGAUCAUUGUCCUUGCUCAUGUGUGUCAUCGUACUUCCUGUUAUUUGCAAGGCAGCUCCACUGGAAUGACAGAAAGACUGGAAAACGUAACUCAAACUAUUUCGAGAAUUUUGGACGGUUAUGAUAUUCGAUUAAGGCCAAAUUUUGGUGGAGAUCCUUUAUUUGUCGGCAUGGAUCUCACGAUUGCCAGUUUCGAUGCCAUUUCGGAAGUAAACAUGGAUUACACCAUAACAAUGUAUUUAAAUCAAUACUGGAAGGAUGAGAGACUUGCCUUUUCCCAUGAGGGGGAAGUAUUAACAUUGAGUGGAGAUUUCGCUGAAAAAAUUUGGGUACCUGACACUUUUUUCGCAAAUGACAAAAACAGUUUUCUUCACGACGUGACUGAACGCAACAAGCUCGUACGAUUAUCAGGAGGUGGUUCAGUCACAUAUGGCAUGAGAUUUACAACAACUUUGGCGUGUAUGAUGGACCUACAUUAUUAUCCUCUGGACUCACAAAAUUGCACCGUCGAGAUCGAAAGUUAUGGUUACACGGUUUCGGAUGUGGUGAUGUACUGGAAGGAAACACCAGUUAGAGGUGUUGACGAGGCGGAAUUACCCCAAUUUACAAUAAUCGGUUACGAGACCAACGAUCGAACUGAGACACUUGCCACUGGUGUUUAUCAGAGACUCUCAUUGAGUUUCAAAUUAAAAAGAAAUAUUGGUUAUUUUGUCUUUCAAACCUAUCUUCCCAGUAUUCUUAUCGUCAUGCUCAGCUGGGUUAGUUUUUGGAUAAAUCACGAAGCCACCAGUGCCCGUGUUGCUUUAGGUAUCACAACUGUAUUGACCAUGACGACAAUUUCAACGGGAGUGAGAAGUUCCUUGCCACGCAUCAGCUAUGUGAAAGCCAUCGACAUUUAUCUGGUGAUGUGUUUUGUUUUUGUUUUUGCGGCUUUACUAGAAUACGCUGCAGUCAAUUACACGUAUUGGGGAGCAAGAGCCAAAAAGAAAACCAAAAAGAAAGAUAUCGAGGAGAAGAAACCUACUUCCUCCAAGAUUGAGAGUAAAGCAAGUUCGCCAUUUCCGGGCAACACUGACGUUGAUAUCAUCGAAUUACACGAUUUGAGAAUGUCACCACUUCCAAGUAUUAGAAGUAGAUCGGGUUUGGUGAGUGCUUCUGGAACACCAGGACCACCAAAGGAUCAUGAUCCUGCGAAAUUCCCCCCGAGUUUUCGAAUAUCGAGAGCGCCCGGUUACAAUACACACGGACGAAAUAGCGGUCUCAGGUAUCGAGGGCCUAGACAACACAAACCCAAGGUUUUGCACGCAAUUCGCAGAGGUGCAUCAGUAUUACGAGCUUCAAUGCCAAAAAUUAAGGACGUUAAUAUAAUUGAUAAGUACUCGAGAAUUAUUUUUCCCGUGAGCUUUUUACUCUUUAAUGCCGGUUAUUGGAUAUUUUAUGUUCUAUGAGGGAACAAUUUUCCAAAUUAAAGAGGGUAAUUAUCGCUUUUUUUUCAUCUAAUUUCAUUUUUUUUUUAAAUAUAUACGUACAAAACUCACGGUGAAAAAUAAAGAAAAACUAACUAAAGCGGGUUGUAGAUAAAAUAGCCUAGUUGUUAAUAAUGUCAUGAAAAAAAAGAAAAUUAAGCUAAAAAACAAAUAUUAGAAGCGUAAUAGAUUCCAUUCGAUCUCAUAAUGUUUAGGAAAAAAAAAAAAUUUAUUAUAUAUUAAAAAUAUAAAUAUAAAUUAAAAAUAUAGUGGCGUCAUUAGAUUAUAUAUAUAUAUCAAAAAAUUAAAUUUUCGAAAAAAGAAAUGAAAAUAAUUUUUUGCAGUUGCGUCACUGGAAAAGAAAUAAAUUUCCUUUUCUUUUUAAAGGGAUACUUAUUAUAU